CCCCACCCCACCCAGCACCAAGCAAAGUCUGUCCAAUGAGAACACAUUUGUGUCUACUUUUCCAGACAGCUGCAGUUUAUUUCAAGCAGUAAAGUUCUUCAUUUUUGCCAUUUUUGCACUGUUACCACUACCACUUUUGUUAUGGGAUGUAUGCUUAUCUUGUUCCUCCUGCUUUGCCUUCAGGCUGAGAGGAGAAGUAGUGACUUGUAUAGUAUUAGUCUUUUGUAUUGCAUUGGGGUUAGGGUGGAUGGAGAAUUGUGCCUCUCAAAAGGACACUCCAGCCAGCUGUUCCUGCCCAGGAGGGCAGAAGAGUACACUACUACGGGUACUCACUUUUUUUCACAUUCGUUCAGUGUGCACAUUGCACUAAGCUACCCUAUGGCAUAGCAUGAGUGUGCAAGCUCCCAAAGAGGAUAAUAUGUUUGCUUAGCUGGAUCUCUUUUGGUCCUGCUGAUGCUGUACUGCUGGUAGCUAAGCCAUGGUUUGGCGUAGUAUCCUCUGAAACCAUGGUUUGCCUCUUACAGAGUUCAUGGUUAGGGUUCAUGGUUUGCCUGGGGGAUUAGGAGUGGGCCCCUUGCAGGGUUGUGGGCGUCUACAAUCGCAAGCCUGAUGUUGACCUCGUUUCCACCUUAUUGGGUUUGUGUGUUUUUUCACUCUUGUUUUGAGUGCUGUUUGUGAACAUGUGCCAUAGAUCUGUGCCUUGAAUUUGCACCUAAAGAACCUUUUAGCUGUUCUUAAUGAUCUUCUGACACGUGCGUACGGUGUGCUGUUUAUUGUUUCGUUGAGAAAAGAACGGGUGGCUGGCAACCGUAUCCAAAGUUUACAAGUGUGCUAUGCACAGCUUUUUUUAAAAAAUAAUAAUAAUCUGUGCCUGGACUUGUUUCUGACUGCAACCUUGCCCAUGAGGUAUGAGAACAGAGAAGACAUCCCAGAGCCGAGGGUGAUUUGCUUCCUGUAAAGAAUCAUUGUGGCACUGUGCCGUUGCUGACUCCCAUUUAAUGUUAAUAGGUGACUGCUGUGGUUUAAGGCUGGUACAUAAUCAGACUUCGUAACUUUUGCUCGGAAGCCUUAAGCAGAACAGUAAAACUCCUUGUGUAAUCGCUAUAAGAAACUGCAUUUAAAUAACUUAGUUCCUUUCUUGAAUUGUAAAUGCUUAUUGAACCGUAGGUACUUUAAAAAAAUGUGCUUUAUUUUUAGGCCUUAUAAUUUAUUCCCCAAUAUCUUUUGGCUUUCAACUCAUUGAUGACUUUUAUUGCUGCUCUUUGAAUUUUCUCUCAUUUGACAAUGUAUUUCGGUUGUGUAGACACCCAAAAAUGUAAAAAUGCUUCUAGGAUACAAAAUAUCAGCCAUAGAGGUGGUGGUGGGGGGGUGUAUCUUUCUGCCUCAUAUUGACUGUUAAGAAUGCUUUGUUUGUACGUAUCUCACAUAAUGUUCAUUCCUCACUUGCAAGGAAUUGAUCAUUCAUUAUGGCAUCACCUGGAACUCCCUACCUAUUGAUAUCAGGCAGGCAAUUUUGCUGUAUUGUGUUUGGCACCUGCUAAAAAGAUAUUUGUUUCAACAAACCUGCACAGUCAUGUAUUCCCGUCCCCAUUAUAAUAGUUUGUAAAUUGCUGGUUUUGUUUAGUUUUUGAUACAAUUUCAUGUCAAUUUGUUUUUAAUGUUUGCUUUCAUUGGUGUUUUAAGGAAUAUUUUAGAUUGCCCUUUGUAAACCAUUUAGAGACUUUCUUUUUGAGUAAAUGUAUACAUUGUCUUAAAUAAUGCAAAACUUCUAAGUCUAGAGAGCUUGCUGCUUAUCCCCUUGAAAGUUUUGCUUAGGGUAGCAGCCUUGAAACAAAAAGGGAGAAUUUUGACCCUUUACAAAAUACCUGGUUUAUUUACAGCUUUACUUUAUUUCUGAUAAAUAUUUUGAUAUGUCGUUCAGUCAUGCUCCCGAGACUGUAGUGUCAGAAGUUUUUCUAGAGUAAAUGAUUUGGGUUUCUUGCUGCCUCAACUCAGUGGCUUAUCUCUGUCCAAAAGAUGUUCUCUCCGGCCUCUGUUGCUACUCCCUCCUUUCCUUCCAAAGAACUGUUAUUUCUCAACUGUUUGCUUCACCAUUUGAUUGCAGUAGAAACAAAUCUUUCACAGAUCCCACAGACGUGAAUUUCAACCUUAACAUCUUCACUAAUUCCUUUCAUUACGUCUUUGUAAAAAAUUUAGUUUGCAAGUUGCCACAAAACGUCUUGUAAUAAGCCAACUUAACACUUCGUAUUAAGGCCACUUGCUGUACAGUAUAACUUUUGGGUCUCUCCCUCCCUCUUUAAUUGAGUGACUUCUUGUAUGAAAAGGGGCCAGGGUGGUGGUGAAAGCAUGUUGUUAGAAGCCGUUUUUACUUGGACGGUGCCUUGACCUGGAUGGCGUUAUUAGAUCAGGGAUGGGGAAUGUUUUUCAGCCUGAGGGUGGCAUUCCCUCAUGAUCAACAUUCUGGGAGCUGCAUACUGAAAGCUGAGCAGGCCAGGGACAAAAGCGGUUGGAGCAAUGAAUUAUUAUUAUUUUAUUACAUUUACACCCCACUUUGCCUCCUCCAAGGAGCUCAAGGUGGUGCCUACCGUCCCUCCCUUUCCCAUGUUUCCCUCACAACAACCCUGUGAGGUAGGUUAGGCUGAGAGAUGGUGACUAGCACAAGGUUGUUCAGCGAGGUUUGUGGCUGAACGGGGAUUUGAACCCUGGUCUCCCAGUUUGUAGUCCAACACUCUGACCAUAAUGGGUGUGACAGUUACCCUUGUGCAGUAGGGCUAUAUUCCAUGUAUGCAGUAAGUCAGAGGUUUAUGCAUGUACCCACUUAUCUUCACAGCCCACCCAAACAAGAAAGGUUAAUUAUCACAGUCCAAGGACACAGGCCACCAGACAAAAGCAGUUGAGCAGAUCCGGUCUGUCGGGCAUGGCCCAAAGAGUGUCCUGGGGGCUAGAUUGAGAGGCUGGAAUCUGAGGUCCCUCAGCCCUGUAUUAGAUCUUGCUCACAGAAUUGUUUGCGGACAAGGUGGAUGAUAUGUUGUAACUGGUAACUGAAAAAGUCAUCCCAUUUGAAAUGUUUCUUAAACAAAAUUUAGGGCCCCAUCUGUGCUAUACAUUUGAAGCUGUAUCAUAGUGCUUUAAAUGGCCAUGACUUCCCCUAAAGAAUCCUGGGAACUGUAGCUCAUUAUGUGUGCUGAGAGUUGAUAGGAGGGCCCUACGUAUUUCCCUUACAGAGCUACAGUUCCCUGAUUAGUUUAGCACUCAUUCCAUCUUCACAGGGAAUUUUGGGCAGUGUUACUUUAAACUGGAAUGGGGGUGGAAGAAACCAUGACUGUUUAAAGUGAUAUGAUACUGCUUUGAAUUUAUAGUGCAGGUGGGGCAUAGCUGUUUUUAAAACACAUUAUUCCACUUAAAGAAAUUUGAAAGAGGGCAUGGCUAGUUAUCAGCAGGACAAGUAGUAUUAUGCAUUUAAACCAAAGAGCUGAAGAAUUCUUAAUCACUCUGGCUGUUAAAGCAAUUGCCCAAUUGAUCAGGCAACAGUUAAAAUUGUUGGAGGCAAAGUAUUUUUAUUAAGAAAAAGCUUGAUUACAGGACAGUGUUUAAUAAUAAUAAUAAUAAUAAUAAUAAUAAUAAUAAAUUUAUUAUUUAUACCCUGGCCAUUUGGCUGGGUUUUCUCAGUGUGGAACGAAACUCCUAAGUUAUCUGAUAAUGUUAGAUAUAAAUACAUUUUUAAAAGUCAUUUUAUUGUUUCUGUUCCAUUGAAUUUAGGUCAGAGAAUGAAGCAUCUAUGAAUUUUUGCUUUCUUAAAAUUAAUGUAUUAAUUGCUUUUUACAUUUGUAUUUAAUAAAUACGGGGGGGGGGGGUUCAGUUACCAACAAAACGCAAAAUUAAAAGAAACCUUCCAGUAGCACCUUAGAGACCAACUAAGUUUGUCAUAGGUAUGAGCUUUCGUGUGCAUGCACACUUCUUCAGAUACACUGAAACAGAAGUCACCAGACCCUUAGUGAGAGAGGGUGGGGAGGGGUAUUACUCGGAAGGGUGGUGGGAAUGGGUGAUUGGCUGAUAGGUGUGGUAGACCUGUUGAUGACUGUUAACGACUGCAAUUGGUCUUACAGGUAAAAGCAAGGGGUGAGAUGGCUAAAAAUAGCUUUGUCAUGUAUAAUGAGAUAAGAAUCCAAUGUCUCUAUUCAGACCAGGUCUCUCCAUGGUUUUAAGUUUGGUAAUAAGUUUAAGAAGGCCAGAAUGAAGAUAUUUCACACACACCCAGCUUGUUGAAACAAAAAUGCCUUCAUUUAGCUAGUGGGCACUUGACUUCCCACAUUCUGGAUGUUAUUCCACAAAACAGGAGCAGCCACACUGAAAGUCCUGCUCUGAAUUACAGUGGUGGAGCAGACUUCUGAUAUUUUAGGGACUUUUAAGAAGAAAUACUCUUGCAGAGCACAGUGACUGCUGGAAAAGGACAGUCUCUCAAGCUGCAGGCCUCCUUGACUAAAGCUAUCAAACCUAGACCCUAGAUAGUCAACACAAGAGGUUUGUGAUUCUAUUCCUGCCUCUUAAAAAUAGUAGCUGUAUGGCACUUGGUCCAAACACAUAGUAGCUUUUUUGUUGAGGGUGGGGGAUAUUUAUCAGGAAAGUGGCAGGAAAGGAAGCUUAAAACUCCUCCCUUCACACCUUCGUAUAAAAAACCCAAACAAAUCAGAAGUGCAGUCAUGCAUUUUCUUGUCACUUCUAGUGUUGUUACUUACCCCAUUUGAACAUAUACCCCCCAGUUUGUGUUUUUUAAAGUCUUUUCCUAAUGGUAUUUUCAAAAAAAGGUAAAUGCAUUGCUUUUGAAUCCCUUGGCAUGUGUCUAGCUCUAGACAUCUAGAAAAUGCUCUUUAAAAAUUGGAUACCAUAUUCCAUGCCAAAGUGGAGACAUAGCUCUCCAAGACUUCUCUUUUCAUUGUAGUUGUGAGAGACCUGCACAUCUCCUUGAACCUUGAACAAUGAUUUACAGAAUUUAUAUGCCUGGUGUAUAUAAACAGCGUAUAUUAUGUCACCUGUCAAAGAUCACAAGGGUCAGGGGGUGCUCCAAAAUGUUUUGAAUUCUUUGAAUAUUGCAUUUGAAAGGUACUGAUGAGCAGCCCCUUUUGUAACUUCCUGGUUCAGGGAAACUCUUAAUGCAUAAGAAAAUGUUGGUUAAAGGAUGUAUAUUGGUUCAUGUAAUUGAAGGCACCUUAAGAGAUGGAAAUGUGGAGGAAAUAUUUAGAUCUGAUGUUGUGUUUGGCUUGUGAGCCUCAGGAAAUGUUCUUGGCAUCCUUAUGUCUUGAGAGACAAUGGUGUGUGUGUGUGUGUGUGUGUGUGAGAGAGAGAGAGAGAGAGAGAGAGAGAGAGAGAGAGAGAGAGAGAGAGAGAGGUGACCUCCCUGGCAGUGUGGGCAUUAGUAAGUAAGUAAAACCUUUAUUGGCAUCAAACAAACUCACAGACAAAAUAAUAAGAGAUUAAAACUGUCACUGUGGCAAACGCUGUGUUAAGAGAGAGAAGGGAAUAAUCCGCUAUCCGCUCUCACGACAAUGGGGCUUCUAAUAAUUCAGACGACUGCAGAGUACAGCGACGAGAAAAUAGUAAAUUAAGAUAUUGAGCCACCAUCUUGGUGAGGGCCUGGUCCUUCCCCAGCAAAAGAAAUUGUAAGAUUUCCCGCUCUGGUCUCCUUCUGGGGAUGCCGAGCCGGUCCAGGAAUUGUUGACGAAGGUCGGCGUAAAGAUUACAGUGAAAAACCAUAUGUAGAAGGCUUUCCACCUGAGGGUCAUGACACAGACAGAACCUCUCGUCCUUCGCCCUGCCCGAGAAUCUUCCCCACAGGAGGUUCGAUGGAUUUGCGUUGAACCUGGCCAACGAAAAUGCCCUUCUUUCUUGUGGGUUCAGUAGGAAGUCAAGAUAAUUAGGUUUUGUUUCAUGAGCCCACGGGAGGUGGAAAAGAAGGGGGGAACAUGUUGUGCCUGCUGCCGCUAUAAGAUCCUGUCUCUCAAUGUCCCACAACCUAGUUAAGACUGUGGCUUUGGCAGAUUGUAAGGACAUUGAGCGGAGGAAUUCUACUGAAAGCCCCAGUUGCUGUACCUUCCUGUUGAAGUGUUGUAUCCCUGGGGGGAGGAAGGUGUCCGAAAGCAUUUCCUGGAGGAAGGGAUCUCUGUCAUGGUCGAGGCAGAUUUUUAGCCAGAAUAUAAGGAAUCUUGCCCAGGCGACAGAUUCCACCUUGUGUUGAGCUCCCUCUAAACAUAAAACUGCAUAUGGGACGCAUCUUGGAACAGAGAAAAUCUUGUAGAGGAAGGCUGAUUGCACUUGCUCUACUGUCUGGGUGAACCCCGGGAUCCAGAUUGGAAUGCCGUAGAGCAGUUGUGAUAUGGUCUUGGCAUUGAAGAUCUUGAGCGCAGAAGGGAUAUGCGAGUUGCCCCUUGUUGUAAAAAAUCGCGUAAUUGCCUGCGUGGAUAUCUUACUGGCGUUCACCGCCGUGCCUCGAUGUGGAGACCAGAGUGUGGGCAUUAUAUAUGGAGCUCCUGGGCUGCCCAGACAGCAAGACCUCUCUCUAAGCCUCGCUGACGUGGUCCAGAGGAAAGCAGAGCAAUUUGUUUGGAACCAGCUUGGCUGGAAAAGUAGUGAUCCAAAUUCUUAAGAGUUGUGACUUCUAAUGGUGGGAAACAAAUGCCAUCUCAUCUGAUACUUCAUUUGCUGGGUCUAUGUCCUGUUGGAACAAUUCAGUCCCUAUUCUGAAGAAUGGGUAGGACGUGGGCUAUCUGAAAGAGUGUCUUAACCUCGGGAAUGUGAAACCUUAAUCCUAAGGUAUAAACAUCAUCAGCACAGAAGAUGAAGUUGAGGAUCAAGUUUGAACGUACCUGUAGAAAUUCAGUUCUGCCAACAGGACAGUGCAAUUCUGUGGAUCAGAAGAAGAUCUGAACUCUGCAGCUGGAUUUUUUUUGCGUCCCGUAUAGCCAGUCCUAGCCUAUAUGCAGCUGUUAAGGUGUGGGUAUGGGAUGUGACAUUUUUGUUCCUCCCACCAUCUCUACCCAUUGGCCAUGCUUGCUAACGCUGAUGGGAGUGGGAGUCCCAACAAUAUCUGAGAGUCACAUGUCUCCCCUCUCCCCUUACUUAAGGCUACAGAUUGAUAAUGACAUUUAUCUGAGCUUGGUUAUAAAUAAUGUGUCCUCCUGGCUUCUAGUGUCGCCGCGUGUGUAUUUACUUAUUAUGCAUAUAAAUAUUUUUUAUCCUGCUCUUGUUACCAUUAAUUCCUAGGGUGGCAAAAACUGUGUAAAGCUGCCUUCAUGGAUUUGUCAUUUCUGGUUAUUCUGAUGCAGGUUCACUGUGCAUGUGGGAUUCCGAAAUAUGAAGCAAAACUUGCUAGGUAGGGCACCUGGGGUUGCCAAGGGAGAGGCCAACCAUUCUCUGCCAUCACCCUCAAGCCCGGUUGCUGUUUUGGCUUGACUGGGCCACAGUGCAGUUUGCUAAGAAACUUUGUGCCUGUUGGGUUAAUUUCAGAGCUUAGAAGUAAUGGAGCAGCUUGCUGGGAUUCCUACCCCGCCCCCAAACCAGUCGCUGUUGUUCUUGUUUGUGUGGGGAUCUGCUGCCUAGUCUGAGGCUUGUCUUGUUGUGCACUUGGGCUGUUGAUUACUUAAAAUAGGAGGGACCUGCAUCUGAAGGCUCAGUCUGGCACCCUGCACAGCUCAGGAUUCUCCCCCCUCCCCACCUCGCUACACACAGUUGCUUUCCUUCCAUGUCCAAGGUCUCUGUGGACCUGGCCACAGGACCCUGUGGUCAGGCGCUCUCCCUUUGCUGCUAAAUUACGGGCUGAAGAUGAGAGCAUGCGCUGCCAACUUUGUUCAGCCUUGCCUUAGGUGCCGCCAGAAAGGCAGAUUUGUUCCUGCUUCGGGAAAGUUUUGGCUUGCACACAGUUGUCAAAUGAGAGAGCAGAGCUACGCUUUCCCCCUCUUCUUUUGACUGGCAAUGUCAGCAGCAGUAGCAGAGAAUAGAUUUAUUUUUCUCUUUUGGUUUUCCCAAAGCACUUUCCACAGAUCAUGGGGUUGCAGGCUCACCACUCACUUCAUUUCGUUUGUGCAUUUUAGUUUCACUUAGUGGUUGUAUAAGAAUUCCUGAAAGCUUUUGAGAGGCUAUGAGCUUAACGCCACACAAAAUUUGCCUAAAAUCCUAAGAAGUUGAGGAAGCUGCUCUACGCUGAGUCGGAUCGCUAGUCGUUCUGUUUCAGCAUUGUCUACAUCCACAGUUCCCAAACCAUUUUUCCCCACGGGCCACUUGAAAAUUGCUGAGGGUCUUGGCAGACCACAUAAUGAUUUUUCUGCUCGUUGUAGCAAUAGUAAUGCAGUGUGCCAUGCUAGGUGUUGUAUGCUUUUUAAUUGUAUUUUAAUUGCUGCUUUUAUUUCUUAUAUACUGCAUUGUGUUCAAAUGGUGAUACCACAAAAUAACGUUUACAAAAUAAAAGAAGCAACAGAAUACAAUUAAAAAUAAAUAUGAUUAUUUAAUGGGAUGGAGGUGCUUCCUCUCAUCUUCAACCACAGAAAUGCCACAGACCACCUGAGUAAACUUCAUGGGCCACUGGUGGAGCUCAGUUGGGAACCCCAGAUCUACAUGGACUGGCAAUGGCUCUCCAGGAUUUCAGACAGGGGGCGUUCCCAUCCUUACCUGAAGAUUGAAUUUGGGACCCUCUUUUAAUAUGUAAAACGUGCUAUAGGGCCUUAUUGAGCUAUGGGCCCCACAAGGGUAAUUCAGGGCUGAAGGGAUUUUUUUGUUUUGUUUUGCUUUGUGAGUUGAGAUAAAAUGACUUUUAUGUUCUUGCUGGUCUCUGAGACUGGGCAGAAGACCAGAUAGCCAAUAAAAAAUAGAAAUCCAGUCUGUGCAUUGUGUGGUCCUCGUGUGUAUACUUCAUCUGAUCAUUAUAAUGAUAGGGAGCAGCUGUAAACUGCUUGGAAUCUAAUUCCCACCUCCCUAAUUCAGGGCCCUCUCUGUCUUCAGAUUGCACCACAAGACCAGUUAAUCUUUGCAAUAGCCUAAAAUUACAGCGUGAUUGGAUAGCUUCCUCUCCCCCCCCCCAAAUCCUCUUGACCCUGUGCUUUAUGCCAGUUGUGCGUCCAUAUGUUGCAGUUCAUUUGCAGGGAUGAGGCAGCUACAUUUCUAGUGCCAUGUCUUCGGGAAAGGACUUCACAGAGCCAAUCUCAUUUUGGAGUAUGAUUCUUUUAAAAACUAAUUUAUUUAAAUGUAUAUCCUGCCCUUCCUUCCAAAGGAGCCCAUUUUGCAUUUUAUUAUAUUUAUUUAUUUAAAGCACUUCUAUACUGCCCAUCAAGUCACCCAGGCGACCAAACAGUCACUGCAAAAUAAACAAGCAGCAGCUUUAAAUUGGCAAUAUAUAAAAUUCAGCAUGCCUUUCUGCAGUUCUUUUUAUACAGAGCACGUUUAAGGUGCUUAUAAGUCAAAGUUAUCCCUGUGCUACACCCAGGUUAUCAUUUACUUAAUUUGGGUUGGGUUAGACCAUUGAAAGCCCAGUGGCCUAACCCAAUUGUUCAGAAAGGCCACUGGGCUUUCAAGGAGGACAGAGAGGUAUUUUGCUGGCAUCCAUCUGUCUGUCUCGAGAGACACUGGAGUACAUCUCCAGGGGUGAAGUGUUACAGCACCAAAGCGACCUCCCCAGGGCUUAUGCCUGGGCAGUGUGUUCGGAGGUCCUGGGCUGCCCAGACAAGACCACCCCCCUUGGCCUCGCUGAUGUGGUCCAAAGGAAAGCAGAACAAGACACUUGGCACCAGCGUGGCUGCAGGAGUUGCCCAGAAGGAGGCGUACAAGGCACCAUCCAACUGUCUUAGGGACUCCACUCCAGAUUUGUGUAGGGUUUACUCCUUAGCCUUUUCUUCUCCCGAAAACACCCCACCAGAUAGCAGAGGUUUAGGAUCAGAGUUUUCCUUGUCCUAGGUGGGCUUCCUUCCCAGGUUGAUAAGCCCCAUUUACCCCUGCCACAGAGAGGUAUAUGUGUGCAGAAACUAGCCCUACUGUACAGAGGUAAAGGUUGCAUCCAUUGCUGUUCUUACUUUUACCCCUGGCUUACCCAGCACGGGCAUGUGGUCCCUGGGAGGGGAGGCAUCCCUAGGACUGAAAAAGCCCCCCCCUCCCCUACUAUGUACAGCUGUAAAAGCAAUGCAGGGGGGGUUCCUUAUAAUGCACCUCAGCUGCCUCUUCUCAUCCAUGAGCCAAGGCAAAUGGAAUUGAGCAGCUGCAGUUAAUAAGGGGAGGAUUCUGAAGAGCAGCAGAGGCCCUAGCACAUCGGAGAAAUGGGGAAUAAAGAGUCUUAUGUCACUCACUGCUAUGGAUUAAGGCAGCUGAAGUGCACCAUGGGGGCUACUGCUGCUUUUUCUUUAUUUAUAUUCCACCUUUCUCCAAGGAGCUCAAGGUGCCUUGCAUGGUUCCCCCAGUGUGAUCCUCACACUCAGCUCUAUAAGGCUGAGAGAGAGAGAGAGACUGCUCGAAGGUCACCCAGUGAGUUUUUUAUGGCUAGGGUUUUAACAGGGGUCUUCCCAGCCCUGAGACAAAACACUGUACCAUACUGCCUGUCAACCAGGAUUUGCACUCUGGACUGCAUUGAGCUGGGGCAGGCAACUGUGGGUACCUGACUCUGAUACGUACGACUUGGCAGGGCAGCCAAUGUGAUGCCCUCCAGAUGUUCAGGACUCCGACUCUCAUCAGCCACAAGCCAGCAUGGUGAAAGGGUUUGCUGUCACUUCAGCCUCUGGAAGUCACAAAGGCCACAGUGUCUCUUUCCCUCCCUCCCUCCCCUCCCCAUCCAGCUGAACAUGGCAUACCAACCGCUGAAGACAGCUUAGAGGAAGUUCAAUGAUAACACAACUGGUGCUUGAGUUUGCUUGUUUUCCUCUUUCCUCCCCACCCCAUUUUUCCUUUUGUGACAUGUCUUUUUCCCCUUUUAGAUUUUAAUCCUUGGCGCAGGGAAUGUCCUGCCUUUUAUUUAUCUUUCCUGCUGAAGAGCUGGGUAAAAAGCGAAUAAAACAAAAUUGAUCCUGUAACUUAAAAUAAGCAGGAACAGAUGCACUUACAGUGCUUUUUCACUUGGCAAAGUUUCACAUAACCUCUCUCUCUUUCUCUAAUAAUAGACUGACCUCAUUUUUCACACCACUGUUUUGUAAGGCUUCUUCACGUUCCAUGCUUAAGUGUUGUGCUGCUUGAGUAAGUGUGUAAUUACUACGUUCAGGUUCCCCAGCGAUGAUCGUGGUUUCAUUUGCAUAGUUUUCCUGCAAAGGCUGCCUGAUCUGUCUGUCUGUGCUGUUUUGGCACCCAGUUUCAUUGAAAGCUGCCCUUUGCCUCUCUACGAAAUCUGUGCAUUGUUCCUUUAAGAAACCAGCUUGCUCAGAGUGUCUUAACCUGCUUAACCUACCCUGCUAGCAAGGAAAAAGUUCUUUAAAUAAUGGAUAUUAGCUUUUACCAAUUAGGAUUAUAAGCUUCACAAACAGGGUGGAGUUUCCCCAGUUCAGCCAGUCACAUUUGGAGAAGGUGGGGCAUAAUGUUCAGGGUAGGUUGCACGGGAGCACAGCUUCAAGUGAAGUUAAUCUGGGGUGAAGCAAACAGAAAAUUGUGCAGAUCUUGUUGGUCACUAGAAAAAGAGUAUGGCUCAAGAAACCAACCAUAGCCAAGUGCCUAUGCUUUGUUCUACUGGGUGUGGAUUUUAUGGAAACCCUCGUACGAAUGGCAUGUGUUCGGUAUGCUAUAAAGAACAUCUUCAACGGCAGAAUGGUAGUAAUGGUAGAAUUAGCCCACCAGCAACUUCUGUUAGUAGCCUAACUGAGUCUUUACCAGUUCAAUGCACUGAAGGCAGCAUCCAGGAAACUUCAUCAACACUAGAUUCUACACCUGUACCACCUAUGCAGCCAAGCCCUGUGUCAAGCCCAUCAUCACUCUUAGCAGAAUCUGUAGCAACAUGUGAAGUGGAAAGUACAGACAUAGUGGACAAGGCAGGACCUGAAAGAGAAGAUGUCCAAGAACCAACAUCAGUGGACCUUGCCGAAACAAUUUCAAUAGACAGUACCGGAGAGGAAUUGUCGAUGGAUAACUCAGAUUUACCUGACACUACCAGGGGCUCAGAAACAGAGUGUGAUUAUGAUGCAAGCAUAGAAACUAAUAUAGAUGAUCCCGAUUUCCCGGAUGAGAACUCGAGAGUGAAAACGAAGAGGCGCGAUACAGAUUUAACACUAAACACAGUAGCUUCAGCAUCAGAUAGCGCAGAGCCAUCCUCUGAAGAACAAGAGAAAUCACUCGACAAACCAAAACAGAAAAAAACUCGCUGCUUCAUGUGCCGGAAGAAGGUUGGGCUUACCGGAUUCGAAUGCAGAUGCGGCCACGUUUACUGCGGCGUCCACCGCUACUCAGACGUCCACAGUUGCUCUUACAAUUACAAAGCGGACGCAGCCGAGAAGAUCAGAAAAGAGAAUCCUGUAGUCGUCGGGGAAAAGAUCCAGAAGAUUUGAACUGCUACACUCUAGCUGGAAUAUUAAACAAAAACAAAAAAAAAUAACAAAAAAAUAUGACCAUCUGCAGAUGAAAUUGACUUGAGCUUCUUCCCCUCGCCCACCCCCUUCCCAUUCUUCCUCCCCUCCUGCUUUAGUCAUGCCGAAUCAUGCAUGUCCUCCGAAAGCAUAGGUCCCCCCCUCUCCCUUUUAGAACAUGACUAAACUUUAUUGCAAUGCCCCACCACCACCACAACAGCUGAAGAGUUAAGCAACCUUUACACUUGUGAGAUUCACUAUAGGAGUCCCUGUGGGGCCCCUGAAUAAAUACGAUGGCUAUUCAAGUAUUAUCCUUUUGAAAUAAUUUUUAAUUUUAGUCGAGUGCAGAGGGCUUUUUAUAAUACCGUCACAGAGAUAUAUCGGAAGGCAGCAGCGCUUUUGUUUGUGUUUCUCUCUCUUCUGUUGUACUCAAACAUGCAUGCAUUAACCUGGCCGUUUUUGUUUUUCGGGGAUUUUCCCCUCUCUCUUUUUUUGUAUAUAGCUUUCCUUUCCUUUUCUCUGCAGCACGAUUCCCCCCCCCCAAAAAAAAUAACGCCUCGUACGGCACAACUAGCGAUCAGUAACUGAAUGUAUUUUAAUCAUUGCGGCUGCUUGGGUUUUUGUUUUUGUUUUGUUUUCCGUUCUCCUCCCCCAUUAACAAAGGUUUAUACAUACGUUAGCAUAAUAGCUUGUUUGCACCCCCCCACUACCUAUUUAUGUAUGAAUCAUUUGUAAUGAGUGAGUCUGAUUGUGUGUGAGAGAGAGAGAAAGAAAGAGAAAGAGCGAAUUCUGAGAUUCUAAAGUUUGCGUGUGGGAGUUUUGUUUUUCCUUUUCAAAGAAAACUUCUAGGAUAUUUCUUCCCACCCCCUUCUCCCCUGUGUGUGUGUGUGUGUGUGUGUGUGUGUUCUGGGAGGGGGGAGGGCGGGGGGUUGUCUGCACUUCCUUGCCGACUGCAGGUUUUCUUGGGGUUUAUGUUAUUGGGUCCUUUAUGUACACCAAUAUGAAGAAUGAUGAAGUUUUAACUGUAUUGUAUUUAUGUUCAUCCACGUCUUUAACUUUGAUUAAAAUAAAAUUUUCAAAAAUUGG